UGUCAAUCAAAGUGUCAAUCAAACAGCGGCGAGCCUUUGAAGUGGAGCAGCCGCCGCCGAGUCUCCAACAACUUCACUCCGAGCAGGAGAGCUAGCUCCUCGGCGUGCCUUCACUAACAAUUACCGCUCCUGCGAUUUAUUUACUCACUCACAGAUAGCGAGGGGGGCAAGAAGAACAAGAAAGAACAGGAAGAAGAAAAAAAAUACUUGCGACGGAUUAACAACACCCCCCCAUCAACACUCCCCACUCCCUUUUCCCCCCCGAACGAGUUGCAUCAAGUCGAUCACUUUAUAUAUAUUUUUUAAAAGGGGAAAGAAAAGGCGCUUUUUUCAAAAAAAAAGAUGCCGCAGCUAAACAGCGGUGGCGGCGACGAUCUGGGGGCCAAUGAUGAAAUGAUCUCUUUUAAAGAUGAAGGGGAGCAGGAAGAAAAGAUCUCGGAGAACGCUUCUGCAGAAAGGGAUUUAGCAGACGUCAAGUCUUCAUUAGUAAACGAGUCAGAGACCAACCAAAACAGUUCAUCAGACUCAGAGGCGGAAAGGCGGCCGCCGCCUCGACAGCCAGAAACUUUUCGGGACAAAUCCAGGGAGAGUUUAGAAGAAGCGGCAAAGAGGCAAGAUGGAGGGUUGUUCAAGGGCCCACCAUAUCCUGGCUACCCAUUUAUUAUGAUUCCUGACCUGGCAAGCCCUUACCUUCCCAAUGGAUCUUUAUCCCCCAGUGCGAGGACGUACCUGCAGAUGAAAUGGCCAUUGAUUGAUGUGCAGGCAGGGAGCCUACAGGGUAGGCAAGGACUGAAGGAUGCUAGGUCACCAUCUCCAGCACAUAUUGUUUCUAAUAAAGUACCCGUUGUGCAACAUCCCCAUCAUGUCCACCCGUUAACACCACUGAUAACAUACAGUAAUGAACACUUCACACCAGGUAACCCUCCACCACACUUACCAGCAGAUGUGGACCCCAAAACAGGAAUUCCUAGGCCUCCACAUCCUUCAGAUAUUUCUCCCUAUUAUCCACUUUCGCCAGGUACCGUCGGCCAAAUCCCCCAUCCACUAGGAUGGUUAGUACCACAGCAAGGUCAACCUGUUUAUCCAAUCACAACAGGGGGAUUUCGACAUCCUUACCCCACUGCGCUAACCGUCAAUGCUUCCAUGUCAAGUUUUCUCUCUGGUAGGUUCCCCCCACACAUGGUUCCACCACAUCACAGUUUACACACAACGGGAAUUCCUCAUCCGGCCAUUGUCACACCAACUGUCAAACAAGAGUCUUCCCAGAGUGACAUCGGAUCCCUCAAUAAUUCAAAACAUCAUCAGGAUGCCAAAAAAGAAGAGGAAAAGAAAAAGCCACACAUAAAGAAACCUCUCAAUGCAUUCAUGUUGUACAUGAAGGAAAUGAGAGCGAAGGUAGUAGCAGAGUGCACGCUGAAAGAAAGUGCAGCCAUCAAUCAGAUCCUUGGCCGAAGGUGGCACGCUUUGUCUAGAGAAGAACAAGCAAAGUACUACGAGUUAGCCAGAAAGGAACGGCAGCUUCAUAUGCAACUCUACCCAGGCUGGUCAGCACGAGAUAACUAUGGCAAGAGGAAGAAGAGGAAAAGGGAAAAGCAGGCAGGGGAAACCAAUGAUCUGAGCGCUCCUAAGAAAUGCCGAGCGCGCUUUGGCCUUGAUCAACAGAAUAACUGGUGCGGCCCGUGCAGAUGCAAAUACUCCAAAGAAGUGUCGGGCAUUGUUCGGGCUAGACCAACAGAGUUUAUGGUGCAAACCUUGCAGUCUUUGAAGUGGGAAUGUUGUCAUGAUAAAUCUUUCCCUGUUUCUAGGAGAAAAAAAAAGUGCAUUCGCUACAUACAAGGUGAAGGCAGCUGCGCCAGCCCACCCUCUUCAGAUGGAAGCAUAUUAGAUUCUCCUCCCCCUUCUCCUUCCAUGUUAAGCCCUUCUACAGCAGACUCUGAUCCACAGACUGAACAAAUGCAACCUCUGUCACUUACAAUGAAACCUGAUCCUUUGGCCCAUCUUUCCUCACCAUCAUCUUCCUCAGUCUUGUCGACAAACUCAGCACUCAAGUCCAGCACAGUUUCAGCUGUUAGUUGCCAGAACGGGGCAUUAGAGCACCGAUCCAUCACCUUACACCAGUCCACAUCCUCCUCUUCAUCGCAGACUCGACCUUCGACUUCAUCCAUGCCAGUUGUCCAUUCCCAUGGUUCUUUGCAAGAGACACAGUCCCAGCCACUUUCACUUGUAACCAAGUCUUUAGAAUAGCUUUUAGCCUAGUUGCCGGUGUUCUUUUUAUUUCAUUUGUGCCAUAUGGCUACAUGUCGGUAGAUGUUAUGGAGUGCAUUGGUCAAUAUUUGACCCAUUGUUAUUUCAAGGUCCUCUUUGAAUAUGUAGGAUAAGCCUUGAGAGAAAUCCUGCCAACCUCUUGUCAUUCAUUGCAAAACCUUGUAGUGUUCAUCACUGUUAUGGGGCUCUUACUGGGUGGAUUCUUUGCCAGUAAGAGACUAGUAUCAAAUUCAAAGAAGCCUUUGUGGAAGGAGUUGGCUACGCUGUAUUAUUUGUAUUAAAUAAGAGCUUGCGAACCAAUCAUUUUACGUCCAUUUUAUCCUUAAGGGCACAAUGAAUGCAGUGCCACCUGUUAAUUGUGUGGAACAACUUUUGUGAUGUUGCGUGUUAUUGUUUAAAUGUACAGAAAUAAUGGGGAAAACUGUGUUAAUAUGCAUUGUUCCAUGGCGUUGUUUUUUGGGGGGAGGGGGGUGUUGCAAAAAGAAAUUACAACGCUAUAGGACCAGUAGUAUUUAUUGCUUUAGAGAUGCUUGUUGUAUCAUGUAUGUUGUCUUUUAAAUAUUUUUCAUUUCUUCAAUGUAUAAAGUUUUCUUUUGCUUAGUGUAAGCAUCUUAUAUAUGAAAAAGAUUCAUUUACCAAGGAUUCACCUUUUUUCCUCUGUUGUGAUACAUGACUGUCACCAAAUGGAUAACGUAGUGGCAUUGUAAAGAACAAAAGUGCACAAAAUUGCUGAAAAAAAGCCAUUGUACAAAAUAAAACUUGAAAGCGAUUGGGGGAGGGGGGGAAUGUUUUUUGGAAUAGCACAAAUAAAGCAUCUGAGCACCCAUCUAAAGCCCCGUUGUGGACUAUAACCUCAACCCCUGGAAUUGCUUAGCCUAUAUUCUAUGUAUGUAUUCUGUGCCAAACUUUUAAAGGUCGAUACAUCUUCCCUCCCCCAUUUUUGCUGUAUUUUGGUCCUUUUUAGCUGUGAGGUAACAUAGGUAUGUAUGUAGAUUUAAUGUUGCUGACUAGUUUAAGCUAUAACGCAAUGUGUUUGGUAGCUAUUGGCAAAAUCAUCCAAAAAAAUUCAUAUGAAGCAAAGCAUUGAAAGGUGAGAAUUAAUAAAACCCAUAAGGGCCAAAUUUUCUGUACGUUGGGGAAAUUACUCAAAACUGAAACUGCCACUUUUUAUGUACACUACUAUCAGUAGGUAUUUAGUAAAUUUUAAAAUAGGCAUGUUGAUGUUGCAAAGACUGUAUACAACUGAUGAAAAAUUUCAUUCAUUUGGUGCCAUUGUAGUAGAAAUGAAGCAGUUGUAUAGCUGUUUUUUUUUUCCAUUUUACUGAGAAGCUGAUGACCUUUUGUGAAUACUCUCAAUGUUUCCUAACAACUGUGAUGUUCCUGUUCUGUUUUUUGCUCCUUUUUUCUUUUCGUUUUUGAAAACAUUUUUGUAAUGAAUCAAUGUUCAUGCUGUACAGUAUCUGUAGCAUGCGGUUCUGGAUUAAUAAAAGCAACUUAGUACGUGCAGAGAA